ACCCCGAAUCAUUUAACAUCUCCUGAUCAGCAAGUGAGCGCGACGUAUACCAGCCUCUGCAGCCGUCCAGUCCUGCGAAACCUUUUCGUGAGCAGCGCGUUUCAUAUAUCUAUUGCGGAGACCAUGGAGCAUUGACUGAUAUCAAGAAUAAAUGAUCGAUUCUAAGCCGCCGCGAUGAAGACGAUCCUCGUGUGUUUGGUGCUAUUUUUGAUCGCACAACCCACCGCCGUGAAAUCCCUGCCAAUCGAAAACGAAACCACAACACAAGAGUCGAACAUUGCAACUUCAGACGCCGAAGACGCCAAAAAACUGGCCACCACUUCAGGAAUUGAAUAUAGCAUCCCAGUAGGCGUUUCAACCACUGAGCCAGCGCCAUCCUUGACGACCACAAAAGCCAUUACGUUGGCUAAUUCAAGUGCAGUUGCCACGAUUAAACCUUCAAAUGGAUUUUCGACGACAACUUACAGUCCGGUUAUGAAUAUGAUAAAGAAUAUAGGAUAUGGCUUUAGAAUCAUACUGAAGCUGCUGGCGCCGCUUUUUUCCAGUAGUGCGAAUCAAAGGGAAGUCAUGUCCCCUAAAGGAGAUGAUGCUCCCGAAUACGAAGAUUUUGACGAGCAAGAUAGCGAUGACGGGUCGCAGAACAAGGCCCUGACCGACUCGUUUAUGAGGGUUGUUCGCCAAGUUGCUGAAACUGGCCGACAGGGGUAUGCUGGCUAUUACGAUUUUAUCGUCAACGAGUAUUCCUACAAAUUCUGGGCUGCCUACAUGCUGUUUGCUUCGGGUCUGCUAAUCUACUCUGCCAUAGCGGCCAUCUACUAUGCAAAGUUCAAUACCUCGGCGGUCGACUACGAAAUCUACGACGAAGCUCGGUCUAUGAGCACACCAGGUGCCAACCCUCUUGGCUUGGUCGGCUCACUCAUUUCUGUGCGCACUUUUCAACAAAUCAUGGACGCUAUUGCAAGCGAAAAGUUUUCUUAAAUAUGAUUUUUCCUGAAAUUAUUAUUCGUCAACCGUGAGUUCACGUGAAGAAAAAAGCGCGAAGGUGAUGGGGUUUUGUUAAAUAUGGGUUAAAUCGCGUGACCGUGAAGUCGCGUGUUGUAGAAUAAUAAAAUUAAAGUGAUAAUGCUGGAAGAGGACAGUGUAAUUCUUUUACGAGUAACUGAAUUUUUUUGUCCCUUUGCCUGGUGUGCCAUGAUUUAUUUGAUUAAUUCAGAAUACAUUUUUUUAAUUUGAGUGUUAUUUAAUUAGUGCAACUUGAGUCAUAUUCUGUUCCCAUUAUUCUGUUCAAUUUUGUGAUGAAUCCAUAUUUUUUAGAAUUAAUAAGACCUAAAUUUAUUUGCUUUUUAACAGAAAAUUGCUAGUUUAGAGAAAAGAUUUUAUUCUUUUCGGUUUUAUAAAAAUUAAAAAAAUAUAUUGUAAUUUUAAAUAAAA